GGUUCUCCGCAUAGGGGAGCUCAAUCUGAGUAUUCCCGCUAUCAACCCAAACUGACUGGAUCCCCCUCUGCGUCCAGGACCGUUGGCUUUGAGUCGACUACCGCAUCUAUGAACAGAGGAUAUGCGACGACGCUGAAGAACGAAUUCGGAUCCGUUCCGAGAUCAUCGGAGAGCUUUUUUGAUUUCUCAAACCAAUUUACCGGGGUGUUGACGAAAAUGAAUGAGAAAGAACUGCUCCAUGGGCUGAACGACCGUUUCGCCGGAUUCAUAGAGAAGGUGCGUCAUUUGGAGCAUCAAAAUGAAUUGCUCGAGAGGGAAAUCGAGGAAAUCAAACAGAAGGCACAGUCCCCUGCGUCUCUGGCCCAUGAGCACGAGCCGGAGCUUAUGGAUCUGAGGAAACGAGUUAAUGACAUCACCCUUCAGAAGCGUCAGAUCGAGAUAGAGCAUCAGAACCUGGAGGAAGAUUUCCUCACCUUGAGAGACAAGUACGAGCAGGAGGCGCGUGACCGCUCGGACGCAGAGAACGGCAUCCUUGUGCUGAAAAAGGACGCCAACGAUGCAUACCUCGCCAAACUUCAGUUGGACAAGAAAGCGCAGUCUCUAGUGGACGAGAUCCACUUCCUGAAGAAGAACCAUGAGAACGAGGUAUCGGAGAUGGUGGCCAAGAUCCAAGAGGCUCAGGUAACGGUCAAGGCGCACGACUUUGGCAAACCCGAAAUCACUGCGGCUCUCCGGGACAUCCGUGCACAGUUAGAAGGUCACGCUGCCUCCGACAUUCAGCAGGCGGAGGAGGGCUUCCGUGUCCAGUUCGCAAAGUUAACCAAAGCGGCAGAGAGCAACAGAGAGGCGCUGAAGGCGACCCAGCAGGAGAUCAAGGAGAAUAGAAGGUGCCUGCAGGGAAAAAAUAUUGAACUGGACUGCGGGAAAGGAACGAGAGAGGCCCUGGAAAAACAACUACACGAGCUGGAAGAGCGUCACUAUGUGGAAAUGAUUCAUUACCAGGACACUAUCAGGCAGCUGGAGAAUGAGCUGACCAAUGCUAAACUAGACAUGUCUGGCUACCUGAGAGAGUACCAGGACCUGCUGAAUGUCAAAAUGGCUUUGGAUGUGGAGAUUCUCUCUUACAGGAAACUCCUGGAGGGUGAGGAGUCCCGUCUGUACACCAUCUCUGACACCCACAUCUCCAUGCCCUGCAUCUACAACCAGCCCCCGUCUACACCCUGCCUUGCCUGGCCCGGCAGGGGAGGUCCCACACGCAGAUCUGUGCCCCAGUACAAGUUUGUAGAGGAGAUCAUAACUGAGACCACCAGAGAGGUGGAGAUGUCCGAGAUCGAGGAGACAGGCUCCGAGGAGACAGGCUCCGAGGAGACAGGCUCCGAGGAGACGGUCGGGGGACAGGGAGAGGAGCUGAGACAGAAGCAGGGAGAAGAGCGUGACAAAGCUGAUAGGAGGAGUGGGGAAGAGGAGGAUGAAGAGAAAGAGAAAGAUGGAAGUAAAGUGGAUCUUGAAGUGGACGCCCCAGAGGAAAAGGGUGAACAGGAGGAAGAGUCUAAGAGACAGCAGAUGGAAACAUCAGCAGAGGUAGCGAUGAAUGGAGAUGGAGUUAACCCUAGCGAGGGAGAAGAUGGAGAGGAAGGAGAUGACGAAAGAGAGGAGGAAAAGGGGGAUGAGCCAGAUGAAGUAAAAAAGACAGAGGACAUUGACAGAGGUGAAAAAACACCAAGUGAAGUCAAAUCAGCUGAGGCCACCCGUAAGGGAGAGAAGGAAAAACUGGACACAACCGAGGAGCUAGACACCAAGAAAAAGGAGACAUUAGAAAAAGAUGACGCCCCAAAACAUGACGAGUCCAAACCAGAGGUUCCCAUGAACGGUGACAGCUCAACAGAACCCAAAACAGGAAGUUCAAUAAAGGGUGAACCACAGGUCCCCAUGGAGGACAUCUCCAAAGAAUCCAAAAAGGUGUCAGAGGAGAGAAAAAAAGGAAGUCAUUUAAAAGAGAAAAAAGAGAUAGAUCUGAAAGAGGAGAGUGCCCCAACACUGGAGCAGAAACGUGAUCAGAAGGAGCACAGAGAGUCAGACCAACCUCAAGAGGUAGAGAGUGCUGUGACAACACAAGAGGCAGAGUGCAAUGUGAGAACACAAGAAGAGGAUCUCCCUGAGACCACAGAGAAGGGCAUGGAAUCCCCUGAUAUCACUGCAGAGCUGAAGAGCAGUUCAACCAAAGCGGCAGUGGAGCAGGUGAAGUCACCAGAUGAUUCUGGUGUAAAAACGACACAGGAUGACACAACAGUAGGAAGUAAAAUUCCAGACGGAAUUCCCAGCACAACAAAAUCAACGACCACCCCUAAACCAGACUCAACACUCACCCCAGAAUCAACGACCACCCCUAAACCAGACUCAACCCUCACCCCAGAAUCAACAACCUCCCCUAAACAAGACUCAACCCUCACCCCAGAAUCAACGACCACCCCUAAACCAGACUCAACCCUCACCCCAGAAUCAACGACCACCCCUAAACCAGACUCAACCCUCACCCCAGAAUCAAAAACCUCCCCUAAACCAGACUCAACCCUCACCCCAGAAUCAACAACCACCCCUAAACCAGACUCAAGCCUCACCCCAGAAUCAACGACCACCCCUAAACCAGACUCAAACCUCACCCCAGAAUCAACGACCACCCCUAAACCAGACUCAACCCUCACCCCAGAAUCAACAACCACCCCUAAACCAUACUCAAUCCUCACCCCAGAAUCAACAACCACCCCUAAACCAGACUCCAUCCUCACCCCAGAAUCAACGACCACCCCUACAGAAGAGAGUGAAACGAUCAACAGCGGUGACAAAGCUAAGACAAUCACACCACCAGAGAAACAGGUGUCUGCAGUUGCAGAGAGCAUGGAUUCACACAGGGAGGCGCCAGAGAGCAACACAACUCAGGAGAAACCAGAGGAAAGUAUGGCCAAAGAGCCUGAGAAGGUUACAGAUCCCAAAGAUGAAACCCCAAAGACAGAGAGCGUGAAGACCAAGUCCUCUGAGUUAAAACCUGAACAUGUGGAGAUAUCUAUUUCAAAGACAUCUCCAGUGAAAGAACAGGAUGUAUCAGACGUAGGUUUGAAAGAGAAAACAGUUGAUGGGAAGAUAACAGAACAGGCGCAAUUUAAAAUAGACGAGAACGACUUUACAGGAGUUGAUGGAGAGAGCAAAGAUGACAAAACUUUGAAGAAGACAACAGGACAAGAUGCUGAGCCAAUCGCAGAGAUGCAAGCUAAACCUAAAACUUGGGACUUAACCUCUUUUUAG